AUGCUCUACAAAAUCACCAGGCACCCCAAGUUGAGGAGACUCAAUCUCAUCAACUUCAUUCAAUCGGCACCUAUGUCUACCACCACUACCGUCCAGGCCCCCGUGGCCCAAACUGUGGGCACUUUGGGAACUGUCCCGACUCCUACCACUCCCCAUCAUCGACCCAAACACACCCACGCUACCGCCCAUGUUCCCAAUCGAGCGGCUCAUUAUGACACCUCCCUGUCUGUGCCAGUCCGCAAAUACCUCCAGACGUACGGAUUGACUCCUCCUCGUGCCGAGAGCUACGAGGUGCAGAAGAAGAGAUGUCUGGCACAAUUGGCCUUGAAAACCACGCCCAUUGAAAGAUUCCUGUAUCUGAGCACGCUGAGAUACAACAAUGUACACCUUUUCUAUCGGUUGUUGACAGAUCACUUCACGGAGCUGACUCCAUUGGUCUACACUCCGACCGUUGGAGAAGCAUGCCAAAGAUGGUCGGAGAUCUACCAGCAGCCGGAGGGGAUGUACUUGAGCUUUGAAGACCGUGGCCACCUGUCGACUAUCAUCCAAAAUUGGCCCCAGUCCAGUGUCGAAAUCACGGUCAUUACCGAUGGUUCUCGAAUUCUCGGACUGGGAGAUUUGGGCGUUGGUGGCAUGGGUAUUCCCAUCGGCAAGCUCGCCCUGUACACCGGCUGUGCUGGUAUCCGGCCCGAAGGCACCCUGCCCUUGACCGUGGACUUGGGGACGAGCAACAAGGCUUUGCACGAAGACCCACUGUAUAUGGGCAGCCGGAGAGACAAGGUGACUCCGGAGGAAGAGAUUGACUUCCUCGACGAACUGAUGGCUGCGUUGAAAGAGCGCUGGCCAGACAUUGUCAUCCAGUUCGAAGAUUGGAAGAACCCGUUCCCUUCUCUGGAACGAUAUCGUCAUGACUACGCCAUGUUCAACGACGAUAUCCAGGGCACCGGAGCUGUCAUCAUGGGCGGCAUUAUUGGUGCCGUCACACAAUCUGGCGUUUCCCCCAAAGAUCACCGUGCGGUUUUCCUCGGGUCCGGAUCGGCGGGUGUCGGCGUGGCCAAACAAAUCGUGGACUAUUUCAUGCACGAGGGUCUGACGGAAGAAGAGGCCAAGUCAUGUUUCUGGCUCGUUGACAGCAAGGGUCUCGUCACUCAAGACAGAGGUGACAAGCUCGCCGAACACAAAAUCUAUUUCUCUCGAACCGACAACAACGGCCAACAAUUCAAGACCUUGGACGAGGUAAUUGAAUAUGUCAAGCCGACUAUCCUAAUGGGUCUUAGCACCAUCGGCGGGGCCUUCACCCCGGAGAUCCUGCAGAAGAUGGGCGAAUGGAAUAACAGACCAAUCAUCUUCCCCCUCUCCAACCCAUCGUCCAAGUCCGAAUGCACGUUCGAGGAAGCCAUCGCUCAUACCGAUGGACGAGCCCUGUUUGCCUCUGGAUCACCAUUCCAGCCAGUCAUGUACAAGGACAAGAUGUACCACCCUGGCCAGGGAAACAACAUGUACGUUUUCCCGGGCAUUGGUCUCGGAGCCAUCCUCUCCAAGGCCGUGCAGGUGACGCCCAACAUGAUCUACGCUUCGGGUGAGGCGCUCCCUACCAUGAUCACUGAAGAAGAGAAGCAGCUUGCUCUCCUCUACCCGGCCAUCACGCGCAUUCGCGAUGUUAGUGUUCGUGUGGCACGGUAUGUUAUCCGUGCUGCCCAAAAGGACAAUGUUGACCGACUACACCAUCUGCGUGAUAUGAGUGAUGAAAAUUUGGAAGCUUGGAUCAAGGACAAGAUGUAUGAUCCUCACAAGGAGACGGAAGAACUCGAGAACGAGGUUCGCGAGCUCGUCGAGGACUUGACUAGUUCUCCGAGAUUCAAUGCCCGCGCCCGGGGCCAAUUCAAACCGCAACGCGCGAAUAAAGGUACCACUAGCUAUCAGCUAAGACAGUUUGCCGAAGCGACACUAGGAAGUGGAAGUUUAAGAAAGGCCGUCAAAUUACCCGAGGGCGAGGAUCUGAACGAGUGGCUUGCGGUCAAUGUAGUGGUCGAUUUUUACAACCAGAUCAACCUGCUUUACGGCUCUAUCACUGAAUUCUGCUCUCCGCAAUCAUGUCCCGAGAUGAAAGCCACUGAUGAAUUCGAAUACCUCUGGCAAGACGCUGCGACUGGGUACCCGAAACCCACCAAGAUGCCGGCGCCAGAGUACAUCGAGCAUUUGAUGACCUGGGUGCAAUCCAACAUUGACAACGAAUCGACCUUUCCGUCGCGCAUUGGCGUUCCGUUCCCCAAACACUUCCCAGCUACGGUCCGCCAGCUUUUCAAACGGCUCUAUCGUGUCUAUGCCCACAUCUACUGCCACCACUAUCAGGUCAUCGUCCAUUUGGGCCUCGAGCCACACCUGAACACCAGCUUCAAACACUACGUCCUGUUCAUCGAUGAACAUGGGUUGGAAAAGGGCGGUGGCAAGGAUUAUUGGGGCCCCCUCGGUGAUUUGGUCGAGAGUAUGCUGAAGAGUGAUUGA